AUGUACGGACCAUUAGUACAACUUAUAAAAACCUGUGAUCGCAUACCGACGCGGUUCAAUGUCUCCAUUAUGCUGUUCAUGGCAUGUUUGAUCAGCUAUAUGCUUCGUGUCAACAUGUCCGUCAACAUAUUGGCCAUGGUACAGCCGAUCCAGAGCAACGUCAAACCAGUACCAGUGAAUACCACAUCGGAUUUCUCGAUCAAUCGGACGACACUGCCUACUGCCAAUGUCCCAGAUUAUGGACCUCGAUACAACUGGACCUCGCACGACCAGAGCAUCAUUUUGGGUGCCUACUUUUACGGCUAUCUGGUAUCGUCGUUGCCGGCCGGUGUUUUCGCGGAGCGCUUUGGAGGACGUAAUAUAGUUGGACUCUCGCUGGCAUUUAGCGCUCUUCUCACCGCACUUACCCCACUGGCCGCUGAGUACGGCAUGUGGGCCACGAUCGUCAAUCGCGUGAUAUUGGGAGUCUUGGGCGGAUUUUUAUAUCCGGCUCUGCAUAAUCUUAUUUCUAAAUGGGCUCCACCGGAUGAGAAAGGCAAGUUUGUGUCUGCACUUAUGGGGGGAACCUUCGGAACUGUAAUCACUUGGCCACUGGUUGGGGUGUUAAUCGAAACAGUUGGAUGGUCCUUCGCAUUCUACAUACCCGCAGUAAUAUCGGCGAUUGUUGCUGCUCUAUGGUAUAUUAUCGUUGCCGACAGCCCAUCGUCACAUCCUCGAAUUAAAGCAGAAGAAAGGGAUUAUAUUGAGAAAUCACUCGGGGACACUGUCUCUAAAUCGAAACUGCUUCCGCCCAUUAAAUCACUUGCCACAUCUCUUCCUUUUCUGUCCCUACUGGUUCUUCAUUUCGGAAACCUUUGGGGUCUGUAUUUCCUCAUCACAGCCGCACCUAAAUUCAUGAGUGAGGUACUCGGUUUCAAUCUUGCCAAAGCUGGAUUUUUGUCUGCUUUGCCAUAUCUUGCUCGCUCACUGGCGGCAUUUUUAUUCGGAACGAUAGGUGAUUUCUUGAGAAAAAAAUCCAUCCUCGGAGUAACUGCAAUACGUAAAUCGUUUUGUGUAUUCUCUCACAUAAUACCCGGACUGUUUCUCGUGGGGCUCAUCUACAUUGGCUUCGACCCUUACGUAUGUGUCGCCAUCAUCACUCUUUCGCUUGGUUUCAACGGCGCGUCAACGAUGACCAAUCUGCAAAACUCGCAGGACCUGGCGCCGAACUUCGCCGGAACUCUGUAUGGUAUCAUUAACUUCGUCGGUACGUCCAGUGGGUUUAUUUCACCUAUCCUGGUGGCCCACUUCACCGUGGAUCGAAGCACUAUGGAUGAGUGGAAGUAUGUCUUCAUGAUUGGGGCUACUGCCUACAUUAUACCAGCUCUAGUAUUCGUGGUCUUUGGAUCAGGACAGGUGCAAAGGUGGAACGAACCAAAGCAAAAGCCAUCGUCAACCAAACCAGAUGAAGCAUGAAACUUUACACCAGGCAGUCUUUUCCAACGAACCACAAUUCCUUUAGUUUGAAUCUCAUACCAAACAACGUUUGUAAUCUUCAGCCCUAUGGAAAGUGGAUGUAGAUACACAAUUGGAGAAACUUAAAAGUAUUAUUA